AUGACUCAUCUCACCUAUUUGACGGUACGGACGUUCCGACGCCUGCACGAGCAGUUCGACGACGGGGUAUUCCCCACCGGCAUCUAUACAAUUCCUUCCGCUCAGAGAACUGAAAUUGUGCUCAUCACGUGCUCUGACGGGAAGUAUCGCCUAGCGAGUAAGACAAGUGAGCGAGUCAUCGAUGGCCACGUGGGCGCCAUACUCAGCGCCGGCUGGAGUCACGAUGCCUCGAUGUUGGCUACAGCGGGUGAAGACGGAACGCUCCGACUCUGGUUACGAAAUGGAUCGUACAAAUCAAAUUUAGGCGAACACGAGACACCCGUGACAUGUAUGUCUUGGAGUCCGAUUACCGCAGAAUUAGUGUAUUCGGUCGAUCAGAACGUUUAUUGGCGUUCGCUCCACGGCGAAGAUAAGAAAGCCCGGACGUGGAAAGCUCAUUCAGCCACUGUCACAACGGUAGCGUUAAGCCUUCAAGGAACUCUCGUCUCUGGCGGCGAAGAUUGCAAAUACAAAUUAUGGGACACUGCGGGCAGAUCCCUUUUCUACGGAGGGGUGACGGACCAACCCGUUUCAUCGCUAGCCUGGACCCCGGACGGAGAAUUGUUCGCAGUCGCCUCAUUUGAAACGCUUAUUCUGUGUCACAAGACCGGGUACGUCAUUUCCAAAGACUAUCCAUCAUGUCAGAGCAUUUCCUCAUUGUGCUGGAACGACUGCGGGACACAACUUGCGGGGGCAACCUCGAGCGGAAAAGUCCUCCUGGCUUCCCUGGUCGACCGAACUCUGGAAUGGAAUCAGUACGAAGUGUCGACCGUGGGCACGAAGCUGUGUCUCGCGACCGACGUCAACAUGGAGAAGGGUUCGAGCGUGGAGCUGACUUUCCAGGGGCAAAGCGCGGCCCAGCUAGCCCUCCAGUUCGGACAUUUGUUGGUUUCCACCAACCAGACCGGAGGAGUAUUCGUGUACGGCGCAGGUCAAUGGCAAAUGCCGACGCUCAUCCGACCCACGCUGGUCUCUCCUGUCAAGUGUUUCCGACAAAGCGGGAAAUAUUUGGCAUUCGCCGAUAGCGCUGCCAUUCAUGUUUACGCUUACAACGGGAAAGGCUUGUGCACCAUCCGGCAUCCCUUCUUGCGCGCAAAUAUCUCUAGAAUCUUCGACAUAAAUGAUGAGAUUGUUGUCCUCGCCGUGCAGAACUCGAUACAAUUCUUCAACAUCAACACUGGAAAACAGUUGGCUCCACCCUUCACGCACGAGCGAUCCCUGAAAGAACUGCGCGUGGAGCAGCGAAGCUGGCCGGAGUCCCUGUCGGGAGGGGAGCAUUUAAUGAGUCUGAUUGAUUCCGAAGACCAGAUGCAUCUCGUAUGCUUGCGCGGGAAACAGGCCUACAGCCUGUUCGCAGAGUCACAAAUUCUCAGCACCAUGUGGAGCGAGACCGCGCGGCAGCUUUGUGCUCUGCGUGACGGACAACUCCUCCUUUGGGAAUGUGCCUGGAGCUUCAAUGUCGCCGCGAAGCUAAUGGAGCUUUCGAAGCACACGAUUCCCAUCGCCGAUAUCGGCCCCGGUGGAUCACUCGAGAAUUUCCACGGUAGUCUCGUGAGCCUGAAACAAACGAAUGGGUCGAUCUUCACUCAAGCCGUCCCCCUGUACAGCGAGAAAAUUGAAGAGGCGAUCGACAAGUCGCAAUGGGAUUCAGCUCUCAAAAUCGCUCGUUUCUUCGACACGAAUCAGACCUGGUGUACGUUAGCGUGCGUUGCUCUCUUGGGUCGGAAGCUCACAAUAGCCCGCGACGCCUUCACGGCGCUCGGACAGGUAGAUCGCGCGGACUAUCUCGACAAGAUACGCGAACAAGGCGGUCAGAUGGAAGGGCUCUUGGUGCAGUUACUCGUCACAGGUGGACGAGCUCGUCAGCAGGUUGAGGGUCAGAUGGUGCAAAUGGGUAAAAUCCUGGAUGCCAUCAUGCUGAACGUCCACGCCCAUCAGUGGGACAGAGCUCUCUCCCUGGCCAUGAAACAGAACGCGCAUAUUGAUGUUGUCCUGGCGUACCGCAAGAAAUAUCUCGAGCGCUUCAACAAGAUUGAAGACGAACCCUUGUUCAUCGAGACCAACAAAAAGUUCAAAGCAGACGAUAUGGACUACAUGAAGAUUCGAGAAAUGGUUUCUCAGCAGAGUGUUGUCGAACUGUGA